GCACGAGGUUCGACCGGCGAGUGUCGCGUGUUGCCACAUCAGCAUCGUGGCCCAAGCUUUAGUUUGGAGAAUGCAUAUGUAUAGAUUGCGCUCGUGUUCACCUUUUGUACUACGUGGUGUUGGUGGUGACGGUAAACGAUACAACGAGUGCGUACGAGUGAAUAGGAAACGAACUAAGCUAUAGAGUGCAGUAUACUUACCUUCACCGCUCGCCUCUCGGGAUACCCUCUAGCCACUGAGGAACGGACAAAAUCAUCCAGUUCUAUACAAGAGUGUGGAGUGUGUUGCUUUAUUUCAACAUGCCAAAUUAUUCUUGAACAGCUAGUAUCCACGUAUUCCUUAAUUAAAAUUUUUAUUAAUAAUAUUCUUCUAUUAUUAUUAUUAUAAUUAGUGUUAUUAUUAUCAUUAUUAUUUUGAUAAUCAUAUCAUCUAUUUUUACCUCAACUGUGUACUGUAUUAACAUUUUAAUUCAUCCUUCAAUUAUUUUUUAAUAAUAAUUCAUAACAUAUAUAUCAAUCACCAUGAGUAGCAACAGCACUACUAGCAACGAUACCAAACACGGCAUCGUUAAAUUGGUUGUUUCCGGAGACACGAUUACGAUACGAGGACAACCCCGCGGAGGCCCACCACCGGAGAGGACUAUCGCUCUUUCUAACAUCACUGCUCCGAAAUUGGGACGUCGAGGAGUCAACAAUGGAGAAGAUAUCAGAGAUGAGCCAUGGGCUUGGGAAGCUAGAGAAUUUUUACGUAAAAAAUUAAUCGCUCAGGAAGUUGUUUUUGCUGAAGAAAAAUCUGUCAGCGCAACUAAAGUUUACGGAUCCGUUUGGUUAGGAAAAGAUAAGAACACCGGAGAGAACGUUGCUGAGUUGCUAGUUUCUGAAGGGUUAGCAACAGUAAAGCGUGAUAAUGUCCGUAAUCCAAGCCCGCCUCAAUUGCGCCUGCAAGAGUUGGAAGACGCAGCUCGUUCUGCUGGAAAAGGAAAGUGGUCUGGAAGCCCGCUCUCUGAGCACAUCCGUGACGUAAAAUGGACCAUUGAAACUCCGCGUACACUCGUGGAUAAAUACAAUGGCAAGCCAGUCAAAGCAAUAGUCGAGCACGUACGCGACGGAUCAACAGUAAAAGUGUUCCUAUUGCCCGACUUCUACCACAUAACUCUAAUGCUCUCAGGAAUCCGGUGCCCCCAGAUAAAAACAGAGGGAGAAGAGCCAUUCGCCCGACAAGCCCAGUACUUUGUCGAGACACGUAUCCUUCAGCGAGACGUAGAAGUGAUCCUCGAGGCGACCAACAACAACAACUUCGUCGGUACAAUUUUACACCCAGCUGGUAACAUCGCCGAGCAUUUGCUCCGCGAAGGAUUCGCCAAGUGCGUUGACUGGACCAUGAACUUCACCAAGUCCGGAGUUGACAAGCUCUACAUGGCCGAGAAAGCCGCCAAGGAGCGCAAGCUUCACCUGUGGCAGAACUGGCAACCAUCAGCUCCCCAGAAGGAGUACAACGCCGUGGUUGUAGAAAUCACCAGCGCGGAUUCAAUGAUCGUAAGGACCCAAAAUGGCGAGACUAAAAAAAUAUUCUUAAGCAGCAUUCGUCCGCCUCAGAGAGAAAAAAAAGCCGGGGAGGACAAAAACGCUCCAAGGUCAAAGGACUUUAGACCUCUGUACGAUAUUCCGUUUAUGUAUGACGCUCGUGAAUUUUUAAGAAAGAAAUUAAUUCGCAAACAAGUCAAAGUUAUUGAAGAUUACACGCAGCCGGCUAAAGAUCAGUACCCGGAAAAAAUCUGCUGCACUGUUAUGGUCGGAAAAGUCAACAUCGCGGAAGCUAUGGUGUCCAAGGGAUUCGCUACUGUUGUUAGAUACAAGCAGAACGAUGAUCAACGCCCGCUUCAUUAUAAUGAACUCCUGGCCGCUGAGAGCAAGGCUGAAAAAUCACAGAAUGGUUUGCAUGCUAAGAAAGACACUGCUCCGCAGAGAAUAAUAGAUUUAUCGAACGACGCUGCUAAAGCCAAGUGUCACUUGUCUGCGUUGAAAAGAACACGUGGCACUAAAGCCGUCGUUGAGUUUGUAACAAGUGGCUCGCGUUUGAAGCUUUUCUUGCCUAAGGAGCACUGCUUGAUAACCUUCUUGCUCGCUGGAGUUAAAGCGCCACGCAGAUCACGUCCAAAGCCAGGCGGUGGAACUAUUGAAGGUGAAAAGUACGCCGAGGAAGCUUUUAAUUUCAUGAAGGAGCAGUGCUUCCAAAAGGAUAUUGAAAUCCAGGUUGAUAAUAUGGAGUCUAAAGGCAGUGGGUUCAUUGGUUGGCUCUUUGUUGAUGGGGUUAAUAUGUCCGUUGCUCUGGUUGAAGAAGGACUCGCUGAAGUGUCCAGUUUCAGUGAGCAUGGGGAGUAUAUCAAGUCGCUGAAGGCUGCUGAAGAACGAGCCAAAGCCAAGAAACUUAAUAUCUGGGACCGGCCUGAUGCAGAGCCGGAGGAAGAGGAGGUUAAGGAGGAGAAAGAAGUUGUUGAACGCAAGGUUGAGACUCGUGAAGUUGUCGUUUCGGAGGUUACUGAGGAUCUUCACUUCUUUGCUCAGUAUGUCGAUCAGAAGAACCAAGUUGAGGGGCUGUUGACGAGACUACGUCAAGAGUUGGAGGAAAAUCCUCCUCUUCCGGGGGCGUUCAGUCCUAAACGGGGAGAACUAGUUGCUGCUAAGUUUUCUGGGGAUGGAGAGUGGUACCGCGCUAAGGUUGAAAAGGUUGCUGGUACUAAUAUUAGCGUACUCUAUGUUGAUUAUGGAAACCGUGAGGUUGUUAAUGUUACACAAGUCGCGCCGCUGCCUGCUGAAUUUUCCGGGGAAAAACCCUACGCUCAUGAAUUCGUUGCGGCUUAUGUUGCUCUUCCUAAAGAUGUUGAUGAUCAAAAAGCUGCUAUCACAGCAUUCCAAGAAGAUAUUGAAAAUAAAACAUUGUUAUUGUCGGUGGUUUACAAAUCAUCUUCAGGAGUAUUAGCAGCAACUUUAGUUGAUCCUGUAACUAGUGAAGAUAUUGUUAAAGCUCUUGUUAAAGAUGGAUAUCUACUUGUCAACAGAGAAAAAAGAGUUUAUGUUAAGCCUGAAUACUUGGAUGCACAAGCAGAAGCCAAGAAAGCUCAUCUCAACAUCUGGCAGUAUGGUGACAUCACGACUGAUGAUAAUGAAAACGCGUGGAAGUAAUUAAAGUUCCGUGUGUGUUUGAAAGUUUAUCAUACGGAAUUAAACAAUAAUAAUAAUACGGAUGAUAAUUAAGAUAAUAAAAUAAAAAAAAACGGUUAUGCAUAAUGGGCGAAGGAUAAAUGAAGAGAUUGGUUGUAAAAGAAGCAUAAUAUUGGGGAU